CCGGCUUCCCCAAUCCCCACCCCACCUCGUCCUCUGCUCUCCACUCUCGCUUCUCCCUCCAAUAAUUCUCUCCGCCUCUGCUCGCUCCAGCUCCAAGCCGCCACCGAAUCACGGCGGGAGGGAGCGGAGGAGGGAAUCCCCAUGUCUCCGCCCCUCGCCGGAGCACAUCCCCGGCGAGCCGGCGCGGAGCUGCUGCGGUAGAAGGCCAGCUGAGCCUGCGAGCGCCUGAUCCGCUCGGGCCCCGAUCGGGAUCGGCGAUGGGCGGGGAGGCGCCGGAGCCGCGGCUUCUCACACGUGCGCUGAGCAUCGGCGGCGGCGACGGCGGGUGGGUCCCCGAGGAGAUGCUGCACCUGGUGAUGGGGUUCGUGGAGGACCCGCGCGACCGGGAGGCCGCGUCGCUGGUCUGCCGCCGCUGGCACCGCAUCGACGCGCUCUCGCGGAAGCACGUCACGGUGCCCUUCUGCUACGCCGUGUCCCCGGCGCGCCUGCUGGCGCGGUUCCCGCGGCUUGAGUCGCUCGCGGUGAAGGGGAAGCCCCGCGCGGCCAUGUACGGGCUCAUCCCGGAGGACUGGGGCGCCUACGCGAGGCCAUGGGUCACCGAACUCGCCGCGCCGCUCGAGUGCCUCAAGGCGCUCCAGCUCCGCCGUAUGGUGGUCACCGACGACGAUCUCGCCGAGCUCGUCCGCGCCAGGGGGCACAUGCUGCAGGAGCUGAAGCUCGACAAGUGCACCGGCUUCUCCACGGACGGACUCCGCCUCGUUGCCCGCUCCUGCAGAUCGCUGAGAACUUUGUUUCUGGAAGAAUGUCAAAUUAUUGACAACGGCAGUGAAUGGAUCCAUGACCUUGCAUCCAGCUGUCCUGUUUUGGCAACAUUGAAUUUCCACAUGACUGAGCUUGAAGUGAUGCCAGCUGAACUAGAGCUUCUUGCAAAGAACUGCAAGUCGCUGAUUUCCCUGAAGAUUAGCGACUGUGAUCUUUCAGAUUUAAUAGGUUUCUUCCAUUCUGCGACAGCAUUGGAAGAAUUUGCUGGAGGGACAUUCAAUGAGCAAGUUGAACUUGCCAAGUACGGGAGUGUUAAAUUUCCAUCAAGAUUGUGCUCCUUGGGUCUUACUUUCAUGGGUACAAAUGAAAUGGCUAUUAUAUUUCCCUUUUCUGCGAUACUCAAGAAGCUGGAUUUGCAGUACACUUUCCUCACCACCGAAGACCAUUGCCAGCUCAUUGCAAAAUGCCCGAACUUACUAGUUCUUGCGGUGAGGAAUGUGAUUGGAGAUAGAGGAUUGGGGGUUGUCGCAGAUACCUGCAAGAAGCUCCAGAGGCUCAGAAUUGAGCGAGGAGCUGAUGAAGGAGGUUUGCAAGAAGAGCAGGGAGGGGUCUCUCAAGUAGGCUUGACGGCUAUAGCCGUAGGUUGCCGUGAACUGGAAUACAUUGCUGCCUAUGUCUCUGAUAUAACCAAUGGGGCCCUGGAAUCUAUUGGGACAUUCUGCAAGAAACUUUACGACUUCCGUCUUGUUCUGCUAGAUAGAGAAGAGAGGAUAACAGAAUUGCCACUGGACAAUGGCGUCCGAACUCUACUGAGGGGCUGCACCAAGCUUCGGAGGUUCGCUCUGUACUUGAGACCAGGGGGGCUCUCAGAUGUUGGUCUUGGCUACAUUGGACAGUGCAGCGGAAACAUCCAAUACAUGCUUCUUGGAAAUGUUGGGGAAACCGAUGAUGGAUUGGUCCGCUUCGCGUUGGGAUGUGCAAACCUACGGAAGCUUGAACUCAGGAGUUGUUGCUUCAGCGAGCGAGCUCUGGCCCUUGCAAUACUACAGAUGCCGGCGCUGAGGUACAUUUGGGUGCAGGGCUACAAAGCCUCCCAAACUGGCCGUGACCUCAUGCUCAUGGCGAGGCCAUUCUGGAACAUAGAGUUCACACCUCCCAAUCCCGAGAACGCACGGUUGAAUGAAGACGGGGAGUAUUGUGUAGAUAGUCAAGCUCAGAUACUUGCAUACUACUCCCUCGCCGGGAAAAGGUUGGACUGCCCGCAAUCUGUGGUCCCUUUGUAUCCUGCGUGACUGUAAAUACACUAAGCUGGUGUCUUCCUCCCCUGUACUUGCCCCCCGCCCCCCCCCCCCCCCCCCCCGCCUCCCCUGUCAUUGUCAACAAGAGUGUUGAUAACUCGAUAUGAGGUCAUUGUAUGGAUCUAGAUGGCUAGCUGCUAUGUACUGUAAUAAGCUACUGGUAGCUGAGAGAUGUGCUUGAAUAAGCGCUUACUAUUUUCGCCUGUACUGCUAUCUUAAUCCUAGGAAGAUGUAUACUAAGUAACGAUGGACGCUGUGAGUCUGCGCUUGUUGAGGCAAACUCAAAAUUGAUCCUUGCAUUGUAUGCUA